AUGGGCUAUCAGAGCAGAGUCCGGGUGACUGAUAAGUAUCGUGUCAUUGGGUUUAUUAGCAGCGGCACGUAUGGACGUGUGUACAAGGCUGUGGGACGCCAAGGACAGCAGGGCGAAUUUGCAAUAAAGAAAUUCAAGCCCGACAAAGAAGGCGAGCAGAUUGCUUACACUGGAAUCAGCCAAUCAGCAGUUCGUGAAAUGGCGCUUUGCACUGAAUUAUCUCACACAAAUGUGAUUCGCCUUGUUGAAAUAAUUUUGGAGGACAAGUGCAUAUUCAUGGUGUUUGAGUUCGCUGAACACGACUUACUUCAAAUUAUCCACCACCACACCCAGCAACCUCGACAUCCAAUCCCAUCUACUUCGAUUAAGAGUAUCAUGUUUCAGUUACUGAAUGGCUGCCAAUACCUCCACACUAAUUGGGUUCUCCAUCGGGAUCUGAAACCAGCCAACAUCAUGGUCACUUCCGGCGGGCAGGUUAAAAUUGGUGAUCUCGGCCUUGCUCGUCUCUUCUACAAACCUUUGCAUUCCCUUUUUUCGGGUGACAAGGUUGUCGUUACUAUUUGGUAUCGGGCUCCCGAACUCCUUCUUGGCUCACGACAUUACACUCCUGCAAUCGACAUGUGGGCCGUUGGUUGUAUUUUUGCAGAGUUGCUCUCGCUGCGGCCAAUCUUUAAAGGAGAAGAAGCGAAGAUGGAUUCUAAGAAAACCGUUCCCUUUCAAAGAAACCAAAUGCAAAAAAUUGUGGACAUCAUGGGGCUGCCAACGAAAGAAAGAUGGCCAUUGCUUGUCAACAUGCCAGAAUACCAGCAACUUAGUACAUUGCAAUCGCCUCUCGGCAACCAACACCGGCAUCACCACAGCCACCAUCACCACGUUUCUUCCCCACUGCCGAUCCAGAAUACUAGCAACCUUGAGAAGUGGUACUACAGCACUAUCGGCCACGGACAAACAUCAUCCCCGGCACACCACAAUGCUAUAGGAAGUACUGGGUCUGCAAGCCUUGGUGUCGAGGGCUACAAACUUCUUUCUGGAUUGCUAGAGUAUGACCCAGAGAAACGCUUGACGGCUGAACAAGCGUUGUCGCACCCAUUCUUUUCUACCGGUGAUAUACUAACUAGCAACUGUUUUGAGGGGCUGAGGAUGGAAUAUCCCAACCGGAGAGUUAGUCAAGAUGACAACGACAUAAGAACCAGUAGUCUUCCGGGGACGAAGAGAGGCGGACUUCCUGACGAUUCCAUCGUCCGAGCAAGCAAGAGGAUAAAGGAAUAA